AUGAAUCAAAACACAACAAUAAAAACAGGACGCGUGUGGCUGCGAAGGCUGAUGGGCACCCAGCCUCCCCCCUCCCUAGGGCAGGGAACGUUCGUUGCUUCCAGAGGAGACGGUGACCCCAGCCGCACCAAGUCCGUGGAGGACGGCCUUCGAGCCGUGCUGUGGGCCUGCCCCGGCCACGUCUUGGAGUUGUGCAGACCGACUGCUGCCCUCACGGUGUGCGCGCCCGAGGCGCAGCGGAUGCUGCAAGGAGCAGCAGGUCUGUGCACGUGUCCCCUGGCGCUGGUGUGGCAGAGCAAGCUGCCAGUGGAGCCAGUGGCAGAAGAGGCCCAGGUCCCACCUCAGUCCUGUGGGCUGCUUCCCACUGGAACGCCGGGCAGGCAGGAGAGAUUCCUAAUUCUGUCAUCGUGGGACCUCAAAUACUGCAAUUAUUUUGUGUGUGUGUGUGUGUGUGUGUCCCGGGAUUUCGGAAGAGGUUUAUAUAUUGCUCUUGAAAGUGAGUACAGGGGCGGGCUGAGGUUUGUGAUUGAGUCUGAAGCUCUGCAGGCCGGGCCGCGCGUUCCCAGCCCCAGGAAGGCUUUAACCGCAAGAUUUCACCGCGCCGCUCGGCUGCGACAGCCCGAACGCGCCCAGUCGGCGUCGUCGCAGCCAUUGCUGCUGUCGGAGUGCCGAGGAGAUCGCCCACCCAGCUUCUCUCUUUCUCCCAGGGACACGAUGUCGUCUUCUGGGAAUGCCAGCCCGCCCCAGACACUGACCAAACCAGCGCUGGGCGAAAAGGAAGCGACCGAGUUGGUGGGCAGGGUGUUUGGGUUAGCGGUGUCUUGGAUCGGGCCGCUCCCCAGCUAUGACGACCAGAACUUCCAGGUGCGCGUCUCGAGGGGCGGCGGCGCGGCCGGAGGUGCUGACGAGUACGUCCUUAAAAUCACCAAUGCGGAAGACAGCCGGCAGCCUGACCUCAUUGAAGCGCAGACCCGGGCCAUGAUGCUGCUCAGCGCGGAAGGCUUUCCUUCGCCUACUCCUCGCCUCACCAAAGAUGGCCGCAUAAUGUGUCUGCAGUCGGGGGGUACUGGGCCUGGGCACAACAAGUACAUGGUCAGACUGCUGACCUACCUGCCAGGGACGCCGGUAGCAAAAAUUGCUGCCAACACGGAGCUUUUCUAUGAGAUCGGUAAGCUGGCUGCCAGGUUGGAUAAAGCGCUCUCAGAGAAAUUCCAUCAUCCAUCGGUAAAAAGCCUGCAUCGAGGUCAGUUCAUCUGGAACCUGGCGAACGUUCCCCUUCUGGACCAGUACAUUUAUGCCUUGGGCCAGAGCCAGUAUCGUGGGCUUGUGCAGCACGUUAUUGAGCAGUUUAAAGGGAAAGUAACACCCAAGCUAAGCCAUUUUCGACCCUGUAUCAAUCAUGGAGAUCUUAAUGACCACAACAUUCUAGUAGACUCCUGUUCUGCUUCCCCGGAGCAGCCGCAGUACAGAGUGUCCGGCAUCCUGGAUUUCAGCGACAUGAGUUACGGAUAUUACGUGUUUGAGGUCGCAAUAGCCAUGAUGUACAUGAUGGUGGAGAGCCCAGACCCUCUGAGCGUGGGAGGGCACGUUCUGGCGGGCUUCGAAAGCGUCCUGCCGCUCACCCUGGAGGAGCGAGGUGCCCUCUUCCUCUUGGUCAGCGGGCGGUUUGCCCAGUCCCUGGUCAUCGCAGCCCACACGGCCCUGCACUACCCGGAGAACAGGGACUACCUCAUGAUCACCGCCAAGACCGGGUGGAAACACCUGACGGCCAUGUUCGAGGCGGGCCAAGAAGCUGUGGAGCAGACCUGUCUGCAGUCUCGAAGAUACGACUCCAGAACGACCAUAUUUUCUCCAGAAGGUCGCUUGUACCAGGUUGAGUAUGCAAUGGAGGCAAUUGGACAUGCAGGUACUUGCUUGGGAAUUCUGGCAAACGACGGUGUUUUGCUAGCAGCAGAGAGACGCAACAUUCACAAGCUUCUUGAUGAAGUGUUCUUCUCGGAGAAAAUAUACAAACUGAAUGAGGAUAUGGCUUGCAGUGUUGCAGGAAUAACUUCUGAUGCCAAUGUUCUGACAAAUGAACUGAGACUGAUUGCGCAGAGGUAUUUGUUGCAGUAUCAGGAGCCCAUUCCUUGUGAACAACUGGUAACCGCACUGUGUGAUAUCAAGCAAGCUUAUACGCAGUUUGGAGGAAAACGUCCUUUCGGUGUUUCAUUGCUGUAUAUUGGCUGGGAUAAGCAUUACGGAUUUCAGCUGUAUCAAAGUGACCCUAGUGGAAAUUAUGGAGGGUGGAAAGCGACGUGCAUUGGGAAUAACAGUGCUGCAGCAGUGUCAAUGCUAAAGCAAGACUACAAAGAAGGCGAAAUGACCUUAAAGACUGCACUUGCAUUAGCCAUUAAGGUUCUAAACAAAACCAUGGAUGUCAGCAAACUCUCUGCAGAGAAAGUUGAAAUUGCAACCCUGACCAGAGAGAACGGAAAGACAGUAAUAAGGGUUCUGAAGCAAAAGGAGGUGGAACAGUUGAUAAAACAACAUGAGGAGGAGGAAGCAAAAGCUGAACGUGAAAAGAAGGAAAAAGAACAAAAAGAGAAGGAUAAAUAGAAUACGAAAUCAAGUGUUCUGUAGAUAAUAAAGGACCUGCUUCAGUAAAAGAGAAUCUGGAUUUCUGUUUUGUAGAAGCCUACAACUAUGCCAUGGAGGACCCAGAAUUACUUUUGACGAACCAGGUCCUUAAUUGUCAUUCAGAUAAUUAGUUCACUGCUCCUUACAUUGACCAAUAAUUGCUUUAAUUCUUGAACACUCUAUUUCUUUCAUCUUCUAUUUUUUAUUGCGGAAUAAAAUUUAAGAAUAGUGAUGGGUGUCUUUAUUUCCUCAGCAGUGCCUGGAUAUGCACAACCUUGAGGGAUUUAAUCGUUUUAAACCAUUAAAACAAGGUAUAUGUUAGCUGGUAAAGAACAAAUACGGUGUUAGAAUGUUGUGUGUAUGUGUGGGGUUUCCUUUUGAAGUAGUGAAAAGGGCUCCUAAGUUUGAAAAAUCACAAAUACAGACUUAACGUGUGCUGGCAUGCCA